GUUCUUGUUGUGUGCGUGACGUACGGCGUUAAGCUAAGGAAGUUCAUUCGUUGCACUUGAAUGCACUUUAUAUAUAAUACUCCAAUUGUAUUAAAAGAAGAUCCAAUAAGUUAUCGAAGUAACAUUAAAAUAAGUUUCGCUAGUGAUUUGUGAAGUGAAGAAUAAGUGUUGCUUAAGUUGGAUCCGGAGUUGCAAUUGAUCACCUUGUCGCCGGGUAAUUCCGGUGCGAUAUAAUAAGAUGGAGUAACUUGCAGGACCGGCCGGGCAGCCCCCGCAGCAGGCAGGGCCACGCCGCCAGCGCACACACAACAUGUGACCACCGACCGACGCGUCUCGAGCUCGACGACACUGCGAAUAUUCAUGAAUCCCACAAGAUUACAUGAUCACGCACUUAUUUAUUCUACUUAAUUUUAAUAUAAACGAAUCUAGUCGCAAUAACACUUUUAACACGAAGCAAUUUAGAAUGUAAUGAUAAGAGGAUUUGAAUAUUGAUUUUUAAACUAGUACAAAGAUUAAGGAAUUGAUGAGACAGUACAAAGAGGGAAAGCUAAUGUUGAUUUAAGAAUAAAUUGAUUCAUUUAGAAAUUCCCUAAGGAUUAUUCAGAAUGUCUGCAAGUUUCGAGCACUCCGCGAUGAAGAGCAGCUUUUCUUUGUCGUCGCUGCGCAGUGCCCCCGCGCCGCCCGCGCGCGCCGACCACCUGGAGCGCCCCUAUCACAGCCUCACCAAAAAGAGAAAGGAGCCGUGUCGCGAGGCGUGGCGCAGGAGCUGGGGCUCGGCGGCCAGCGGCAGCGCCGGCGACGACCUGUGGCCGCUGCUGCAGCACCAUUACGACUACAUCAUGGACAACCACCUCAUCGACACCUGCAAGGAAGCAAACGGCGAGUUGCUAUUGAGCAAGUCGGCCGCUUUGCUGCCGCGGCUCAACCCGGCCGCCGGCUUCAACCGGCAGUGGUCGCUCAGCCAGCUCGUGGCAGAGUUUGGGGAGCUGUGCCAGUGGCUGUCGCAAGUGCAGGAGGAGAUAUAUUCUAGUCCCGAGAACCUGAGCAGCAGGAAGUUAAGAACGAGCCGCAUGGCCGAACUGGCGUCGGUGGAGCCGCGCCGAGCAAAGUUCAUCGAGCAGGCGAGCGCCAUACUGGAACGCAUUCCGGAGGCUAGCGCAGAGGUAACUUGGCGCGUGGACCAUUUGAACGCGAAAUGGGAAGGCCUGCGUCUGCUGCUGAGCCCCGAACAGCCGCAACGCGACGGAGAAGGCACUGACACUGUCGACACGUCGCACGAGCUGCGCUGCCUGCGGCGCUGGCUGCACGGCAUGGAGGGCCGGCUGCCGCCGCCGUCGCUGGCCGCGGCGCGCGCCGCGCCCUACCACGAGCUGUUGAGGAAGCUGACGGAACAUGAGGUAUUGCAACGUGACGUCGAAUGCCACGGUCGGAUCGUGAGCUCGGUGGUGAGGCUGUGCGCGGGCGGCGACGCGGCGCGCGCGCUCGAGCGGCGCUGGCACCUCCUGUACCUGCGCGCCAUCGAGUGGCAGUGCCAUCUGGAGGCGUGCCUGGCUAGGAUCGAUAACCAGGGCUGUGCUUCAGCCGAAGCAGCAAGUGACAGCGACGAAGAGCCGGCGUUGAAGCAGCCGCGACUAAAUCGGAAAGGUUCGCCACGGCGCGGCUCGCCACGACGACUUCGACCAGAGCGUCGGCGCGACAGUUCGGGUGACAGCAGGCAGUCAGCCUCAGAGGAGGAGCAGGACUAUGUUGUAACGUACCCGUGGCGCGGCUUCGGGUCCGACUGCGAAUCUGAGCGACACAACAUGGACGCCCGCGUACCGAGUGGAGGCAGCGGAGCAGGCGCCCGCGACACAGACCAGACGGUCCCGGCCAUAAUGGACGAACUCGACGGUACCGGAGGCAGCGAAUCAAGGCUCGAACACACGACCGUACAGAAACCGAGGACUCCACCAACAGUCGUCAAGAGGAAAAAGCCCGCCGACCCAUCAAAGUUCAACCAGACCUACCGGAAAUCUGACCACCUUGCCAUAUUUUACUGUAAGCACCGCGACACAGACUCGGACCGGCAAUUAGUCGAAACAGACGAGAAGAGUCAAGAAGAGUCGUCCGAAGAAGAAUGGACUUAUGUUAACUCUAAAGUAACUAACGAGGAUUCCACUGAUAUAAUGACGUCAUCGGUCGAAAUACAAUGCGAGCUGCCUAUUGGUGAGAAAAGAGAACCUUUGAAAUUAUUACCGACGCCUGAUUUAAUAAGAGAUAACAACACAAGAUGCAAGGAUAUAGAGAGGCUAGUAAUUCAGGCUGAGGAGUUGGUACAGAAGCAGGCGCAGCAGCAAAUGGCUAAGAAGAAGGGAGCGAGGAGCUUCAAGCCGUUGGCGUUCGAGGAGGACGGCGAGCACGUCAGCCGCGCCAAGAUGUCGCGCAUCAAGGAGUGGCUGAACCAGAGCUCGGAGGGGAACAACAAUGUGCACCAGGGCACAGAAAGUUGCGACGCAUCCGGCGAGUACACCACCGAGAGCGAAGUGGACACUUCACUGACCUCUGAAGAGAGGAACAUACACUCUUCGAUGGAUAUGAGUACCUCCACUUGUACGGUCACGCCUACACACCACGCCAAGGUGCAACUCCGCAAGAAGCGUGGAGGCAACAGCGCGCGGCCGUGGUCCGUGUCGUGCAUCUCGCAGCUGAGCGGCGCGGCCGCCUCGCUCGCGGCCACGCCCACCGCCGACGCCAUCAACAGCGUCAUGUCCAUAUCCGAGUCCGCGCUCAACACGCUGGCCUCGCCGCAGAGGGUCACGCCGGCUAAUUACAACGCGAAGCUGCGCGGCAGCACUACUACUGUACAGGGCCACGUGUCCAGCACAAACACAAUGACGGAGGCGUGCACGUCGUGCGUGGAGGCGGCCGGCGCCGACAAGCAGUGCUGGCUGCGGCGCAAGCGGCUCAAGCUGCGCCGGCACGACGCCGCGCGCCGCGACCGCAUGGUCAAGAGCCUGUCCUUCUGCGCACUAGCGCUCGCGCCCGACCGAGAGGACAAGCACGAGCGCAGCACGGCCAGCGACCCCGCUACUAGCAAGAAAAAUAGGUUUGACACGACAUCGACCUCCGGCAACGACAGCGACGAGGAACUAAUCAAACAACAGCUCGCCACGAUCGCCAACCUGCGCAAGAGCAUAGAGAAGACGCACAUCUCCUCGCGAGAAGACAACGCCAUCCCCGAGCAGAACGAACCAGACAUCCCAGGAGGCGUCGCGCCGAGCUUCAAGAUCGGCCCCGCCGGCGGCCUGGUCAGGCCCAGGAUAGCAAGGAGCAUGGAUCGAGAAAAGACAUUCCUAGCACUGAGUUUGGGCGACCCUAGCCAGCUGUGGGACCUCAGUAUGGACAAGGACUCUGAUAUAGACAAAAGUGUGACAGCGGGCACGGAGGAGCAUAGCUCCUUCUCGGAGCAGGCAUGGGAUUUUUAUCAGGAAAAGUAUAAUUCAGAGCCGUAUUCGGAGGCCCCAGACUCUGACGCGGCGCGGCGCCUGCUCGAGUUCGGCGACGACUACCGCGCCUUCCUCGACUCGCAGUCCGACUGCUGCUCCAGCCUGUCGGCGCAGCCCGAGCGCCACUCGCCGGCCCGCCGCCGCGACCUGCGUCAGAAGCGCCCCGUCGACACUCCGCCUCGCAAACCCAAAAAAUCUAUGUCGAGCGCCGAGCGCAAGAAGUCGCUCCUCGACAGUCUAGAGAGGUCCCGGAACAAUACUAGCAUCGAGAGCAACGACGGCGUUCGCCGCCGCAAAGCGUCCGAGAGCGAUCGCAAAAAUAACAAACGGUCGCCCGAGUUCGACCUGCUCAACGUGCAAGCGCUGAGCCGCCGCCGGCACAGCUCGAACAUGACCAGCGACGAGGUCAACAGCUCCUUGGAGUACACAGAGGUCAACAACCGGCCGGACAUACUCGACUCUUUGGGCCGAAGGAGAAGAAACGUCGACAAGAACGUAGAGUCGGAGCUGCAGAAAGUGGCCCUUUCGGAGUUGCGCCGCCGCUCGACCGAAAACGUAGAUUCCGAGGACGACACUUCGAGUCCCAAGAAGCACAGCCGAAGAAACUGGAGCGGAGAUUCCGAUUCGGAGUCGGAAGAGGUGCGGUCGAUGGUGCGGCGCUCGAGCGCGCAGCUCGAGGCGGCGGAGGCCAUGAUGGCGCGCCACGAGGCGUCGCCCGACCUGCUCCGCGCCUUCGACUACACGGAGCUGGAGACGCGCUGCCGGGACAACAUCAACCUGCUGGACGCCGCGCUGGCCGGCGGCUCACUGUCGCCCCUACUGCAGCGGGACAUCAGAGCGGUAUCGGCGCGAUGGUCAGCGUUGCGCGCGGCGGCGAGUCGGCGCGGCGGCACCCGCCGCCUGCGUCGCGAGGUCGCAGCCCUGAGAGAGAACCUGCUCGACAUCUGCGAGCCCGAGGACUGCGCCCCGCAGCCGCACACCAGGGUGCAGCUGAACAGGAGGAUUGAAGAGUUAAAGGACCGCCUGGCGCGCCUGUUGGAUUGCAAAGUGUCAAUGCUGAAGAUAAAAGUGUCUGUAAAGCGGGCGCUCGGCGAGAACGAACCCGAUGACAGCGGGCUGGCCGCCGACCUGGCAGCGUUGCUGGCUCUGUGGGAAGACGCGCAUCAACGCACGUCGAACGAGCUCCUCUCGCUGGAGAAGGCGGUGUGCGCGUGGGCCGAGUGGGAGAGCGCGCUGCGCGAGCUGCAGGGCGCGCUGCGCGGAGACUUGGCCACGCUGGAGGCCUUGAGGGACCGGCCCGGGGACGACUACAGCCAAGUCACCGCGCAGAUCCGUCAGCUGGCCGCCUCGCUUGUGGAUAAAAAGAAGGGUGGGUCGACCUGCGACUCCCUGUCGGACUCGGGCAUAUCGGACGGCGACAGCGAGGGCGCGGGCGGGCGCGCGCGGCGCCUGCACACGCUGCGCGAGCUGGCGCGCCGCCUGCAGGCCGCGCUGGCGCCCAACUCGCCCGCGCACAGGGCCAUCACUAAGCGCAUGGAGCAGACUGAAAAUGAGGUGCGAACAUUGCAAGAAUCUUGCCGUGCUUUGGUGGAACAAAACAUCCCCGACUUAAAGAUCCACGAGGAAACAGAACGCAGCGUGAGUACCGUAAUGGGUAAGAAAACUGGAUCCGGCGAUCCCGACUACACACCCCGCAGCGGCUGGGUGUGGCGCGUGCUGCGCUCGUCGCUGCCCAUCCAGCUGUGCCUCGUGGCGCUGCUGCUGGCCGCCUGGCUGGUGGAGCGGCCCCGCUGCUGCGACGCACUCAACUCACUCGCUCAAACCCUCACGCCUCAGUUGCGUUACGUACGCGGCCCCCCGCCGGUCUGAAUGCGACAUUACAAUUUUUUGUAUCUGUGCAACAAUGUAGCUGCGACUAUUUGGGCGUGAAAAAAGCUUGACGCUUUUAAAAAAAAUUGUCGGCAGUUUCAACCUCUGAAAUGAGUGCCGUUUUCGGUAGUUCCCCGAAAUACUUUAAGAAAGUAAGAUGGAAACGGGAUAGUUUUGAAGUACUUGAUCUUUGACGUCAUUGCAUAUGCAAUAUGUUUAUUUUAAUUUACUAACAUUUCGAAUGACUAGAACGUUUAAAGCUAUGACUUAGAAUGAGAUGCGAAGGUUUUUACUAAUAAUACGCCAAGAAAAGGAAACUUAAAUAGGUGUUAUGAGACUUACGAGAAUUAUGGGUAGUUGAUUGGUGAUUUCAUAAUUAAGAUUUCUUUUAACUGUAAACAUAGUGAACAUAACAUAGGUCCACUAUUUAAUCAAACUGGAAUUCAAUAGAGACCAAUUUCGUCAUAAAAUUCCUUUUUGCUCACAGCAUAAAAAAGUUCAAAUUAAUGAAGUGAUCCAAAAAAAAGUAUCAUCUGUAUCAGAUGGAGUUCAAAGUAGUAGUAGGUACGGUUACUGUAGUAUUUAAUGUACUAACAAUAACAAACCUUACUUAGUUUGUGUUAGUUUAGUCGCAUGCCUAUUUUAGUACAAGUUUUUUGUUAGGUUACUUAAAAUAGGUGAGAGUGCGCUAAGUGUGACCAGUGUAUUUCUUAAAAAUAAGAAAAAUGUACCGCGACAAUGAUACGAAAUAUUUUUCAGAUCUGCAUGUUAUUACUAUUACCUUUUAUUUCUUUCAAAGUUGCAACAUUGCACAGUAUCUAUAUAUUUUAAAUUCUAAAUAUCGACGUGACUUUUAUACAUGUAUUUAUAAUAAGUACUUUUGACACAGUUGUGGCCUUAGUAAACUUAGUAAAGACUGACACUCUGACUUGACGAUUUUCCGAUAGGUUUAGGUAAAAUUAAACCUGACUUUUUAAUAUUUACCUUAAAUAUUUUAGGUAUGUUGAAUUUAUCUUCAAAUAUCAUGGAAGUGUCAUAAUUGGAACUCAUUAAUGGUUUAAUCAGUCACAAUGUAAAUUUUUGCCGACAGGAUUGAUACUACAUUUAGUACAUUUUAUUAGAUUACUGUUAUAAUCUUUCGCGUAAUUAAUACUGCAACUCCAGCAAUCUAUGAGGAAAUAGGUCAUCAAAAAUAUUUGCCGCUGUGGAGCCUAUUUUUUUAAAUAGUCCCUGGAACAUACUUUAGACUGCUGGCUGUACGUGAGCUUGGAUACUUGUGUAGUUCCUUGUGUGUAUUUUUAUGAACGCUUCAGUGGUUUAUUUCAAACACUGAGUUAAAAGUCAGUAUUUUUACUUCAAUAGAUAGAUAGCUAUGUGUAGCUGUUAUUCCUUUAUGAGAAAUGAACUGAUACCAGUACAAACAAACAGAUACAAGCUGUAACACCUCACUCAUUGCGGUUGAGUAAACUCACUGGUUCCUUUAUUCCUUGUUACGUAUACGUACUACGUACGUAUGCCAUAAUAUGUAUGUAUUGGGCUAUAGGUAUUUUUAUAUACUGUGCCUGACAUUAUAUGAUGAUGUGAUUGUUACUUAUAUUAUAGUAUAAUAUAUAUACUUUGUUGUUACAAUAUAGGGUGUGACCAAUUCACUCCUUUUCUUUUACCAAUAAUUUUAUUUCAAAUGAUAAUUAUUUAAAGUCAAUAAAAUCUAAAUUAUCUAAAUAUACAUUAUUCGAAUCCAUAUACCUAUAAAUUUGUUUUAUACAAAAACUUGUCAUUAUAUAAAAAUAUGAAUAUGCGACAAGUAUGCUACCAUACUGUUAUUAUAAACUAUAUAUGUAUUGAAAAGCCUACAAUUAGCUGCUAUUAAAAUAUGCAGUUUCGCAAUAGAGAGACUGCAUAUUUCUAAAGUGCGAUUGUUAUUUCUCAUUUAUAUGAUGGUAUUUAUUUUAAUACCUAAGUUUUUCCAGCAAUUAAUACUUAAUGAAUUAUUCUUGGUAUCAAUAUAUUAAUUGGCAUAGCUCGAGUAGGAUAUAAGCCUUGCUACAGUAGUUGUAGUAUAGAUAUAAAACCUUUAACAUAAUUUACUGUGUUAAAGUUUUCAAGACAUAAUUGUUAACUAACGCUAAGGUAUAAUGCCGCCUCGAGUGAAUUAAAAUGUUUGAUACCACUUAAAACUGCCUUAUGUACGAUUGUAGUAUAUUAGUGUUUGAUUGUUUUAGAUUUUUAAGUCAGUCAUGCAUUUUUGCGUGCGCGCGUUUGUUAUAAAAUACACCCGUCGCAUAGUUCAGACUCGCAACUUACUAUGAGGAACAACUGUUAGGAGUUAACAUGAGUAAAACACCACUUCAGAGGCCCACAAAUCAUCAGUCAUGAGCCCUAGCUCUUGCAGGAAGUAUCCCUCAAAAUAAGAUUGGAUGGGUGCCGACAGUAGGUUGUUUUAUCCUACUCUUUCUGUGGAUUUAUCAAUAAAUGUAAUCAUAAAUUCACAGAUAAUUAAUCUAAAUAAUUGCGCUUUCUAUGAUUUAAUGUAAGGCAGUAUGUCUAUAGUGUGUCAUAUUUCUUUUGAUACUUUAUUACUUUAUCUAAAAUUAUUAAAAUAAAAUAGGCAUGCUACGAAAGUGCAUUUAGAGGUUUGCCCUUCAGGAAAUAAUACGCUGCAAACAUAAUAAUAGGUUGCAUAAUGUGUGGCAUGUUGGCUUUUUGGAAUGAAAUAAAUAAAUUGAUUUUUA